AGUCAGCAGAUUCAACACUCUUCUUCCUUUUCCGCGUCGUGAAAGUUGAAACCCCUUUUCAGUUUUCAGCCUCAUCGUGCUGAUAUUCUGAUGUCAAGCCCUCGGGACGGCUUAGACAUCGUGAUUUCUCUAAUCCUCUCGAGUUUCAACAGAACUGCUUGAUAGAGAUAAACUCGUUUCAUUUCUUUGCUUCUGAACUCGAACCUCAUCUUGUUUGCACCUUCUGCUUUGUUUCGGUGAAUGUAUACGCCAAAGCUUUGAAUACAUCAACCGUUCUGUUACUUGUGGUGGAUUUACUUUUGUUUUGCGCUCACAGAAAAUGCCUCAAGUAGAAGAGCUUUGGGAACGGUUGGUGGACGCAGCACUAAGGAGGGGUCGCCUUGGGGCUGAUGCAUUUGGGCAGCCGGUUAGCGGAAUUGCCGGCAAUGUUCCAUCUUCUCUUGAGAACAGCAGGAAUAUAGAUGCAAUAUUAAGAGCUGCAGAUGAAAUUCAAGAUGAAGAUCCCAAUAUCUCUAGAAUCCUGUGUGAGCAUGCAUACUCGUUGGCACAAAAUUUGGACCCUAACAGUGAGGGCAGAGGGGUGUUACAGUUCAAGACUGGUUUAAUGUCUGUUAUCAGGCAAAAGCUUGCAAAGAAGGAGGGUGGUGGCAUAGAUAGGAGUCAGGACAUUGCUCGCUUACAGGAUUUCUACAAACAAUACAGGGAGAAACAUAAGGUGGAUGAGUUGCGUGAGGAUGAAAUGAAACUAAGAGAGUCGGGUCCUUUCAGUGGUAACCUUGGAGAGCUGGAGCGUAAAACUCUGAAGAGGAAGAAAGUUUUUGCAACUUUAAAGGUUUUGGGGACGGUAUUGGAAGAGCUUACAAAGGAGGUCUCUCCUGAAGAUGCAGAAAGGUUGAUUCCUGAAGAGCUGAAACGAGUCAUGAAAUCUGAUGCAGCAAUGACAGAGGACCUAAUUGCUUAUAACAUUAUACCUCUGGAUGUUCCAACCAUGACAAAUGCCGUUGUGUCAUUACCUGAGGUACAAGCUGCAGUGUCAGCUUUAAGAUACUUUAGGGGCCUACCAAAGUUGCCUGGUGAUUUUUCUAUUCCAUCCACAAGGAGUGCAGAUAUAUUUGAUUUUCUUCAGUAUGUUUUUGGAUUCCAGAAAGACAGUGUUUCUAACCAGCGUGAACAUAUUGUUCAUUUGCUUGCUAAUGAACAAUCUCGUCUUGGUAUUCCUGAUGAAAAUGAACCGAAAAUUGAUGAAGCUGCUGUACAGAGGGUAUUUCUCAAGUCCCUUGACAACUACAUCAAAUGGUGUAACUACUUGUGCAUUCAACCAGUGUGGAGCAAUUUGGAGGCUCUGAGCAAGGAAAAGAAAUUGUUGUUUGUUUCCUUGUACUUUUUGAUCUGGGGUGAAGCUGCCAACAUUAGAUUUCUUCCAGAAUGUUUAUGCUACAUAUUCCAUCAUAUGGUAAGGGAACUGGAUGAGAUAUUAAGGCAGCAGGUUGCACAGCAUGCCAAUAGUUGCAGUUCUCAGGAUGGUGUAUCUUUCCUUGAUCAAGUUAUUUCUCCUCUAUAUGAAGUUGUUGCAGCGGAAGCUGCAAAUAAUGACAAUGGACGGGCACCUCAUUCUGCCUGGAGAAAUUAUGAUGAUUUUAAUGAGUACUUUUGGUCACUUAACUGCUUUGAACUUAGCUGGCCAUGGCGCAGAAAUUCACUGUUUUUUAUGAAGCCCAAGCCAAGGUCAAAGAGUUUUCUUGGAAACAGUGGGAGUCAGCAUCGAGGGAAGACUUCUUUUGUCGAGCAUCGGACAUUUCUUCAUCUUUACCAUAGUUUCCACCGACUUUGGAUAUUUCUUGUCAUGAUGUUUCAGGGGCUGACUAUUAUUGCCUUCAACAAAGGGAAUCUCAACAUUAAGACUCUAAGAGAAGUUCUUAGUCUUGGCCCAACCUUUGUUAUAAUGAAAUUUUUUGAAAGUGUGCUGGAUAUUUUCAUGAUGUAUGGUGCAUAUUCUACAACGCGUCGUGUAGCUGUUUCUCGAAUAUUUCUCCGUUUCCUUUGGUUUGGCAUUGCUUCAGUUUUCCUGUCUUUCCUUUAUGUGAAAGCUUUGCAGGAUCCACAUUCAGUUCUUUUCAAGAUAUAUAUCUUUGUUCUAGGAAUUUAUGCUGCUGUCCAGCUUUUUCUUAGUGUUCUAAUGCGGAUACCAGCAUGCCAUAGUUUGACCAACCAAUGUGAUCGCUGGUCUCUUGUUCGCUUUGUGAAAUGGAUGCAUCAGGAACAAUAUUAUGUUGGACGUGCGAUGUAUGAAAGGUCAAGUGAUUUUAUCAAGUAUAUGCUUUUCUGGCUUGUUGUUUUGGGCUGCAAAUUUUCAUUUGCCUACUUUCUUCUGAUCAAGCCACUGGUGGAACCAACGAAGGUCAUUGUAACUUAUGAUACUUUACAAUAUUCAUGGCAUGAUUUCGUGUCUAAACAUAAUCAUAAUGCUUUGACAGUUGCUACUCUGUGGGCACCAGUGUUUGCUAUCUAUCUCUUAGAUGUUCACAUCUUUUACACUGUUACUUCAGCUGUUGUGGGUUUCUUGCUUGGAGCCAGAGACCGGUUGGGGGAGAUUAGAUCAUUGGAUGCUGUCCAUAAGCUCUUUGAGAAAUUUCCUGGGGCAUUUAUGGAGACUCUUCAUGUCCCUCUUGAAAUAAGGAGCUCCAACAAUACACGUGAAGAGGUUGUUAACAAGAACAAAACCGAUGCUGCUCGAUUUUCUCCCUUUUGGAAUGAAAUUAUAAGAAACCUACGGCAAGAAGAUUACAUUACUAACUUGGAAAUGGAUUUGCUUACCAUGCCUAAAAACUCCUGGAAGGUUCCAUUGGUUCAAUGGCCCCUCUUCCUUCUUGCUAGCAAGAUAUUUCUGGCUAAAGAUAUUGCAGCAGAAAGCAAAGACUCACAAGAUGAGUUAUGGGAAAGAAUUUCAAGAGAUGACUACAUGAAAUAUGCUGUUGAGGAAUGCUACUGUACCAUUAGGCUUAUAUUGACAGAAAUACUAGAUGAGGAGGGAAGGCUGUGGGUUGAGAAGAUAUAUGAACAUAUCGAUGAGAGUAUAAAGAAAAAGGAUAUCCAUGCUAAUUUUCAACUAAAUAAGCUCCAACUUGUUAUUUCUAGACUUACUGCACUUACUGGGAUACUGAAAAAGGAGGAAUCACCCGAAAUGACAAAGGGAGCAGUGAAAGCUCUCCAAGAUUUAUAUGAUGUUAUUCGGCAUGAUGUAAUUUCUGUUAAUAUGGGGGAAAACCGUAGUACUUGGAACAUGAUUUUAAGAGCAAGGACUGAAGGUCGCCUCUUCUCAAAGUUGAAAUGGCCUAAAGAUGAUGAGUUGAGAGCACAAGUAAAGAGGUUGCAUUCACUUUUGACUAUCAAAGAAUCAGCUGCUAAUGUUCCAAAAAACCUAGAGGCAAGACGUAGAUUAGAGUUCUUUACAAACUCCCUAUUCAUGCAAAUGCCUACAGCAAAGCCAGUUCGUGAGAUGUUGUCCUUUAGUGUUUUUACUCCAUAUUACUCUGAGAUUGUACUUUAUAGCAUGCCUGAACUUCUCAAGAAAAAUGAAGAUGGGAUUUCGAUUUUGUUUUACCUCCAAAAGAUAUUUCCAGAUGAGUGGCAGAACUUUCUUGCUCGAAUUGGCCGAGAUGAAAAUGCAUUAGAUUCUGAGCUUUUGGAUAAUCGUGAUGAUGUCCUUGAACUCAGAUUUUGGGCUUCUUACCGUGGACAGACAUUAGCAAGGACAGUUCGUGGGAUGAUGUACUAUAGGAAAGCUCUUAUGCUUCAGAGCUAUCUGGAAAGAGUUUCUUCUGGAGAUACUGAAGCUACACUUUGUGGUGAUGAAGCAACUGAUAAACAAGGUUUUGAGUUUUCUCGUGAAGCUCGUGCUCAGGCUGAUCUGAAGUUCACAUAUGUUGUUACUUGCCAGAUUUAUGGGAAACAAAAGGAAGAACAAAAACCAGAAGCUGCAGAUAUUGCAUUGCUAAUGCAACGGAAUGAAGCUCUUCGAGUUGCUUUUAUUGAUUCAGUUGAAACGAAAAAGGAUGGUAAAUUUCAGAUGGAGUUCUACUCAAAACUUGUGAAGGGUGACAUCAAUGGGAAAGAUAAGGAGAUCUAUUCCAUAAAACUUCCAGGAAAUCCAAAACUAGGUGAAGGUAAACCUGAAAAUCAAAACCAUGCAAUUAUAUUUACCCGUGGAAAUGCUGUUCAGACAAUUGACAUGAACCAGGAUAAUUAUUUUGAGGAAGCAUUGAAGAUGAGAAAUCUUCUUGAAGAGUUUAACUGUGACCAUGGUCUUCGUCCUCCAACAAUCCUUGGUGUUAGAGAACAUAUCUUUACAGGAAGUGUCUCUUCUUUGGCUUCAUUCAUGUCCAACCAAGAAACAAGCUUUGUGACUUUAGGUCAACGUGUCUUGGCAAAUCCUCUGAAGGUCCGGAUGCAUUAUGGCCAUCCAGAUGUUUUUGAUAGAGUUUUCCACAUAACAAGAGGUGGUAUUAGCAAAGCUUCGCGCGUUAUCAACAUUAGUGAAGAUAUUUAUUCAGGAUUCAAUUCAACUUUGCGCCAAGGCAAUGUUACUCAUCAUGAGUACAUUCAGGUUGGCAAGGGGCGUGAUGUUGGGCUCAAUCAGAUUGCUUUGUUUGAAGGGAAAGUAGCUGGUGGAAACGGUGAACAAGUUCUUAGCAGAGAUGUUUAUAGACUUGGGCAGCUCUUCGAUUUCUUUCGCAUGCUGUCGUUCUACUUUACUACUGUUGGUUUCUACUUAUGUACUAUGCUAACCGUGCUGACUGUUUACAUAUUCCUUUAUGGGAAGGCAUAUUUGGCACUGUCCGGAGUUGGUGAAGCUAUUCAAGAUAGAGCUCAAAUAACACAGAACACAGCCCUGAAUGCUGCUCUGAAUACACAGUUCCUAUUCCAAAUUGGUGUGUUUACUGCAAUCCCAAUGAUUUUGGGUUUCAUCUUGGAGCAAGGCUUUUUGAGGGCUGUUGUCAGUUUUAUAACGAUGCAGUUUCAGCUUUGUUCUGUCUUCUUCACAUUUUCUUUGGGCACAAGAACUCAUUAUUUUGGUCGGACUAUUCUUCAUGGUGGUGCAAGGUACCAAGCAACUGGUAGGGGUUUCGUUGUCCGACACAUAAAGUUUUCAGAGAAUUACAGGCUUUAUUCUCGCAGUCACUUUGUGAAAGGAUUAGAGGUUGUGCUUUUAUUGGUGGUAUACCUUGCUUACGGAUAUAAUGAAGGUGGUGCAUUAUCCUACAUUCUUCUUACCGUUAGCAGUUGGUUCAUGGGACUUUCUUGGCUGUUUGCUCCUUACAUAUUCAAUCCUUCUGGUUUUGAGUGGCAGAAGACAGUGGAGGACUUCAAAGAUUGGACAAACUGGCUCCUUUAUAGAGGUGGCAUUGGUGUCAAAGGAGAGGAAAGCUGGGAAGCUUGGUGGGACGAGGAACUGGCACAUAUCCGGACAAUGAGUGGGAGAAUAAUGGAGACUAUUCUGAGCCUGAGGUUUUUUAUUUUCCAGUAUGGAAUUGUGUACAAGCUGCAGGCAUCAGGAAAUGAUACGUCAUUGACGGUAUAUGGUCUGUCGUGGAUCGUGCUAGCUGUCCUGAUGAUUCUUUUCAAGGUGUUUACCUUCAGUCAGAAGAUAUCAGUCAAUUUCCAGCUGCUGUUGCGCUUUGUCCAAGGCCUCUCCUUCAUGUUAGCACUUGCUGGUUUAGCUGUUGCAGUUGUAUUUACAGAUCUUUCUUUGCCAGACAUCUUUGCAUGCAUCUUAGCAUUCGUUCCCACUGGGUGGGGAAUUCUUUCAAUAGCUGCAGCUUGGAAACCAUUGACGAAGAGGCUGGGUUUGUGGAAAUCCAUUCGUUCAAUUGCUCGAUUUUAUGAUGCCGGAAUGGGGAUCCUCAUUUUCAUCCCUAUAGCAUUCUUCUCAUGGUUCCCCUUUGUCUCAACAUUUCAGACCCGACUCAUGUUCAACCAAGCAUUCAGUCGAGGGUUAGAGAUCUCUCUCAUCCUUGCUGGAAACAACCCCAACACUGGGAUAUGAUGACAGGCUGUGACCCAUGCAGUAAUAUCUGUAUAAUAUGAGAUGGCCCAACGCAGAUUGUUUUCAGUCUCUCGCGGCUAAGGUUUCUUUCAUACUCUUUAGUUUCAUGGAUAUCGGGCGUGGUGGAAGGGUGACUGUCUAUUUGUAGACCAAUUCUAAUUCAAUUGGGGAUCUGCAGUAAGUGUAGUACUUCAGUAGAAGAAAUGUAAAAAAAAUACAAUAUGAUUGUAUAUGUUUUUCUUGAUAAGCAGAAUAUGAUUAUAUUGAAUGAUAGACCAGAACGUAUUUUUGCCAAAUUAUAGUAAUUUUGCUUAAUCGAUCA